CGUCUUUCUACUCACCGCACGCCCAUUUCAAGAUGAAAGCAGUGGCAGGCAAUCGUAUCAGAGGCACGCGCCCUUCUAAGCACGUUGGCGCCGACAAAGAAAACAUAUUGCACAAGAAGACCACGGCACCGCUGAAGCACAAGAAGCCCCGUGAGAUCAAUGGUGGCAUCUUUGGCUAUGCCCAGUGCAUGGGUGAAAAGCGCAAGAAUGCCGACGAAGCACGCAGUAUCCUCUCGCCCAAGUUUGCAGGCAUUGGCAGGCCACCGGUCGGCAAGACUGGCUUCUUUACACGCCUGCACGAGGAGGCGCGCGCUCGAGACAGUGCCGAGAAGGAAGCAUCCUCACCAGAUAUGGACAAAGUAUCAAGGCAUGCCCGGCGCCACGAACAGAAACAGAAAGCGCUGAGCUUCGGGAUUGCUGGGAUAAUCAAACCAUACAUCGAGGGGAUCACGAAUUCCUGGACCACGAAGUUGAAAGAUCAGCACAGACAGCGGGAAGCAGUUCGCCUAGAUAUCGACUACAAGACUGGCAAGCCACUCAACAAGCCAGGCUUUGCAAGCACAGAAGACUUCGCCAGACUCGCCAAGCGGAUAGAAGACCUGGAUCAGCCGUUCCCCGAUAGCCGCGUCUCACUUCACUUCAGGAAUCCUGGCGGGGAUGUCAGCAUAAACCAUGUACGCGUCGGCGACCUCAAAGACAACAUUUUCAAGCAACGCAAAGCACAGGAAGCGAAGCAUCAACAGUUGAAGCAAGACUUAGACGCGAUUGGUGAAGAAAUAGCUGGCCUGAGACAAGAGAUCAACGAUGAUGCUAGUGAUAGGAAGAAAGCUGCUAAAGAAUUCGAGAAGCAGAUGAAAACAUUCGAGAAAGAGAAGAAAGAGAUUGAAGCUCUGGCAGAGACUGAGCGGGCUGAGUUCAGGGACGAACAGAAGAGAGCUACUGCCGUGCUGAAUCAGAAAAUUCAUGAGCUAUUCGCGGGGAUAUGAGGAAAUGUGGACACCGAUGGAAUGUGAGGCCAAUAUGUUGGGAUGGACUUGCUGAGAAAUUUUUGGAGUGGUAUGUGUGUGUUUUCUCUGUCAAGAUUAACCGACUACUAUGUAUUAGACAUUUUGCGAUGAAA